UGGAAAUUACAUUCUUAACGCGCAUGCGCAUUUACUCCUACGUAUAUCAAUGGAAGUAGUGUUUCGUUUUCAGAUGCCAUCAGAACUACUUUACCUUGUGGUGUUAUUUGUUAUUACUAGUAAUAGAUGGACAGCACGGUUGUUAUAUCUUCGGAUAAACAAUUGCAACGCUAUUUGGGCUCCCUAAGUAAGUGUAUGACUGGGUAUUUGGUUCAAAGGAUGUCCAGCUGUUUGUCCCGAUCCCGCACAAUCACGGCGUACGAAGCACAGGUCAUCACAUCCCAGCCUACAGACAUGCAGAAAGCCUCUAGGCUGAUGCAGAUUGUCAUUAAAAAAGGUCAAAGUGCAUGCAGUUCGUUCCUCACAUGCCUUGGAAUUUGUGACCCGGUGUUGUAUGAGAAUGUUACAGGAUUCCCAGCACAAUUUAAUGAAGAGGACCAUCAACAUGUAGAGCAAAUUCCUCUCUCAGAAAAAUUGCAAUUUACACCUUGUAUUAUAAACAUACAAAACUCUUCCCUGACCAACUGUAUUAUUGGGAACAACAAUCGCCAGUGCAUUACCUGUGACCAGCAUUCUUUGCUUGCUCAGAAUGAUGAAACUAAUGUGAAUGAAAUGCCGGAUAUUCAGAGCAGUGAUCAACUGAUCCCAGUGCAGGACACAAUAAGUGGCAAGAGCGUUCACAUGGAGAGAUCCAACAUAGAGUAUGUUAUUAUAGGUGACCAUAACAGUAUGGCAGUCACUGAGAGCUUGGAGGUUGAGGAGGAUACGGAGAUUGAGCCAGAAGUGAUUGGUUAAUAGAUGUGAAAAAGCGGGAAGGAGGGCAGACUCACAGUUUUGGAGAGCUGCAAGAUUGUCAACUCGCCUUACCGGCCCUGACCUAUAAUUGGACAGUCUCAGGUCCUCAGCAGGUGCUACCAAACGCACUGAAACAUUAUCCUUUAUCAUGGAUUUUUCUAAACCUGUGUGCGUUGAGGUGGCAAUGAUAUUUGAUACUGACUUGAUUGUUACUGAACAUGACUGCUAUGUUUCUCAUGUUUUAAUGGGUACAUCGAUAUUUAUUUGUUCAACAGAAAUGUAUGAAAGCAAAUAUGUUGACUGACAUUGCAAUUGUUGCAAGUCUUUUAUAAGCUUAAGCUUUCUGUAAUGAUACAUAAGUAUUGUUUACAGUCUUAUGUCUUUCAGUAAUAUUUGUAUAUAUAACUUAACUUAAUAGCUAUUAAUAUUAAUUGUCAUAGAUACUCCUGAUGUUUCAAUAGAUAUUCUGUGAUAGCAUCUCAGUGUAUUCCUUUAUUCUUUUUUUUCUGUUUUUUUGGAAUGUCUAAUAAUUUUAUCUAUGUUUCUAGGUGAUAUUACCUGUAAGGUACUGUACAGUCAUGUUUGUAUACUGAAGAAGGAAUGUAGCUGACACAUUUGUGUUCCUGGAGUAAUAUUUUGAAAUAAAUUUGAAAUUUGAAAUUAAACCAAUUAGAGUUCUCUCUCAGCUGGUGUAGCUUCCAAGACUAAAAUAUUACAAAAUUAAAGGUCUUUACUCUAUAUAAGUACCAAUUUGCUUUGGUACUUAUUCAUUUAUAAAGCAAUUUGGAUUUUUUUUGGGUUUUUUGCCACCUUAUCUCUGUUGUUUGAUUCAACAAAAAGUAGUUGGUAAAUAUUUAUUGCGUUCCCAGUCUUAUUAUACACUCUCAGAAAUAAAGGUACAAAAGCUGUCACUGGGGCGGUACCUUUUUAAAAGGUACUGCCCCAGUGACCGCUUUUGUACCUUUAUUUCUGAGAGUGUAGUCUCUAUGUACCCUUAGUAACUAAUUUAGGUAAAACUGCUUUUGAAUAUGCUGCACCUUCAGAUUGGAACUCUCUUCAAAUGAAACUGCGGCUAAAUCAGUUGGUGUCUUUGAGUAAUUUUAAAACACUUAUGCGCACAAUGGGAAAUGAUUUAAUGAUUUACAAAUGCUUUGUACUUUUAUUGAUAGUUUAUUGUUGUGAUGUAGUGUUGUUUGUUAUAUGUGACCCUGGACCACAAAACCAGUCUUAAGUGUACAUUUUUUUCGAAAUUGAGAUUUAAUAAGCUGAAUAAAUAAGCUUUCCGUUGAUGUAUGGUUUGUUAGGAUCAGACAAUAUUUGGCCGAGAUACAACUAUUUGAAAAUCUGGAAUCUGAGGGUGAAAAAAAAUCUAAAUAUUGAUAAAAUCGCUUUUAAAGUUGUCCAAAUGAAGUUCUUAGCAAUGCAUAUUACUAAUCAAAAAUGAAGUUUUGAUAUAUUUACGGUAAGAAAUUUACAAAAUAUCUUCAUGGAACAUGAUCUUUACUUAAUAUCCUAAUGAUUUUUGGCAUAAAAGAAAAAUUGAUAAUUUUGACCCAUACAAUGUAUUUUUGGCUAUUGCUACAAAUAUACCCCAGUGACUUAAGACUGGUUUUGU